AUGAAAACCAUAUGUAUUAGUGAUUGAAUGUAUCUUGACAAUUGUUCGCUAUAUAGGUUCUUUGUUCUGAGUCAUAGUUACCAUUAUUACAGUAGUCCAACUCACAUAAAUAAGUAAUUGCAACAUAAUAUCUCCAAUAAAGGAUUAAAAUGGCGUUUAAGAAAGCAGCUAAAGGGUUUGGAGUGGGACUUGUCGUUGCCGCAGCGUCUUUGGCAGUAUACUACAAUAUGGAUCAGGAGGACAGGGCUAGAGUGAUCAAUAAGCUCGAUAACUUGCAAAAUACCGCUGAAGACAAAGCGGAGAGCGCCGAAGACAAAUUGAAAGCGGCCGGUCACGAGGCGAAGCUAGAGGCCCAGAAUGCAUGGAGCAAAACAAAGCAAGAAACCGGGGAAAUCAAGCAUGGAGUCGAGGAUAAGGCCCAGGAAGCUAUACAGAAGGGAAAGGAAGCACUGCAUCAAGUGGAUGGUAUCGCACAUGACCUCGCCGAGGUGGCGAAGGAGACGAUUCCCAAGAUUGUCCAUGAUGUGGAUGAGAAGCUACACGAGCUGAAAGAGGACACAAAGAACCUUAUCCACGACUAUGCAACAUCGAAUAUCAAGCCCCCGCCCUCAGUCACCGGGCCCGUCGAUAAGGCGCCUGUGCGUGACGACAUAACUGUUACUAAAAAGAAUUCUACCCCCAUGCCACCCCCUUCGAGUGUUCCGAAUCCUAUUGCAGCCGAUGUUGGGGACUCUUUCACACCAGUGGCUGCACUGGUGGCCAUGAACGUCAGUAUCGCUGCCUUUCUAGGGCUUGCUAAAUAGAUGCUCGUUUCUUUUGGUAGUAAUAAAUUAUGUACGCGACAACAAUGUAAAUAUGUAUGUCGAUCGAAACAGGA